AUUGAUUCCUUUACUCUAACCGUUCGGCGACACCGCGUGUACACAAUCAUGUCUGAGUACAUCAUUAGAUAGUUUGGUGGCAGUUACAAACCGGGUGCCGUUGCUGCUGGCUCAGUGUAUUGUCGCGAAAUAAGUUUACGGUGCGGUUCCCGCGGUCUUGUGUUUCACUUGACGGCACCGUCAACAUAUUUGAACUCUAGCCUUCCUUCAAUUUCUGAUGUGGCAUACGACUAGGACGUGUCGCCGCUCUGAAUGGACCUCGGACGUUGCCGGUACGCAUGGUCAUUCACUUGGUCAGCGAGUAGGACUACAGAUAUUGUCGAACAGUUGAAGCGGACAGGCGUGAAAACGUCUUCUGAGCAACGGUGUCAGAUCGUUCACUGGAUCUAAUCGAGAGGAAGGAAAUUAGAUAGUGCGAAUUUCUUCGAGGAUCAAUGUUAAGGACAAAGUUGUGAUUAGUGUCUGUCGAAGAGUACAACCACCUUUCCUAGAAAUUCGUGAUAAGAAACGAGAUCCUUAUCAGUGGCCUGCGUUUUUGAAUUAUUUGUCUGCAUGAUUGAGACGCUUGAUGAUCAUUAGGUUGUAGUUGACCUAUGUGAUGCGAUGUGCUUUUGCUUCUAUUUUCAAGCACAUUUUAUUUACAAUAAUAACGGUUAGCAUACUCGAGAAGUGAAUAGAUUAAAUUAGUUGAUGAUCAUUGUCAAAAGCGUCGAAAAAAACCGAUCCUAAACUUCAUUUGUUUGCACGAAUGGCUGAAUCUACAAAAAUUAUCGAAGAUGUCACUGCUGCCGGAACCAUUGUCAGUGUUACAACAACGGAGAUUCAUUCUCCAAAAGCAAAAAAUGGAACGGUGCCCUCGGAAGCCAUACAUGAUCCUCCAGACGGCGGCACUCGAGCCUGGUUGGUGAUGGUGGGAGCAUUUCUGUGCAAUGGUGUACUGUUCGGUGUUAUAAACACCUACAGUGUGAUUUAUCUAAAUUUGCAAAAACAACUGCAGGAUCUUGGUGAUACCGAGGCAUCCAGUAAGGCAGCACUGGUUGGAUCACUUACCAUUGGAACCACUUUCCUGCUGUCACCAGUAUCUGGAAUACUGACGGACAAGAUUGGUCUGCGUCGGACCACGCUGUGUGGAGGAAUCCUCACGUGUGGUGGCAUGUUCCUGUCUUCAUUCGUCACACACAAUGUUUCCGCCCUGUACAUUACCUAUGGAGUGAUGUUCGGUUUGGGAGCCGCUCUGGCAUAUACACCUUCGUUAGCAAUUCUAGGACAUUAUUUCAAAAAGUAUUUGGGAUUGGUGAAUGGAGUUGUGACGGCAGGUUCGAGCGUUUUCACUGCUAUCAUGCCUAUUUUGCUAGAUAAAUUAGUGCAACAAACAGGACUGGCAACGUCGUUCCGUGUUCUAUCUGUGAUUUCAAGUUUUGUGAUAUUCUGUUCGCUGCUGUAUAAACCAUUGCACCCACCACCACCGCCACCGAAGAUCAAACCAGGCCGGUCGCAAUUUAACACCAUGAUGCGAUCUUUCAUCAAUUUUGAUAAUUGGAAGAAGAAGAAAUAUAUCAUUUGGGCGUUGUCUAUCCCGAUCGCACUUUUCGGAUACUUCGUACCCUAUGUUCACAUGGGCAAGUUUGUGAAAGAUUCAUUUCCUGGAGAGGAAGAAAAUUUGCCCGUUAUAUGUAUUGGAAUCACCUCUGGAUUGGGUCGACUGAUUUUCGGAUUUAUUGCGGAUCUUCCACGAGUCAACCGUGUACUACUUCAGCAAAUGUCAUUCAUAAUGAUUGGGACCCUGACAAUGUGCCUUCCAUCGACCGGAUCGUUUCCUGUAUUACUGUUUAUAGCCUUGGCGAUGGGGUUAUUUGACGGAUGCUUCAUUUCGCUACUGGGACCCAUUGCCUAUGAUAUUUGUGGACCACGUGGUGCUACUCAAGCAAUUGGAUUCCUACUUGGAUUGUGUUCAGUUCCAUUGACUGUUGGACCACCCAUCGCUGGAAUGCUAUACGAUCAUCUUGGUUCGUACAAGUUACCCUUCAUACUCGCUGGAAUUCCGCCUCUGUUCGGUGCUAGCACGAUGUUCUUAAUUCGAUGCGUUAAAGAUACUCCUCCGAGUUUAGAAUGUGCACUGAAAGAUCCUGCACAACAACCUCUGGCUCAGCCAGCCUGGGACUGUGAAAAUCAACCUGACCGGGCGAAUGGCAAACUUAAUGGACACAUUCGAGAGAAUCGUCGAGCGACUUUGGCGAGCACAGAAUCGCUUACUGCAGAGAGCAAAUAAAACACAAUAAAUAUAUUUUCGCCUACCAGAUGACAAAAUACAGCAUCCAGAAAACAUGAGUCUUCGAGAAUCAGAGCUUAGAGAAAUGUGAUUUGAACAAAAUUUUAUUUGAUACUCUGAAAAUAUCAACGACUUGUGCCACUUAAGUCUUCUUAUCGGUAAAUUAAUAUGAAAGGUAUAUUGAAUUCAUUACGAUUUUGAAGCUAGUAAUAUUUGUUUAGUUAUCAAUAGAAACGUUUUGUAUAGUUUUACAUAGUAAACUGCUUGUAGCAUAAUAUGAAAGAAAGCAGGGCUUUUUUCACCCGACUGCUACACAAAUAUAUUGUAGAACCUACAAUUAUAACUGGGCGGCCUAAAUAAGUUUAUGAUUAAUCCAAUAUUAGUUUUGCAGGAGAAAUAAACUGAUAGACGCUCUAACUAUCAUUCAUAAUUAGUUACAGAUAAUGAAUGUUGUGUAAUAAACCGAAAUAAACAAUGCAACAGAAAA